ACACUAAAUUGCGUGCAACGGGAUGACAUAUAUAUAAAAAGUGUACAAAGCUUUUUUAACCAACGCUCUGGCGCUUGAGAUCUGAACAUGGCAUGGCGUGGUAUAUAUAACAUUAUAUAUGCUCAGAUCUGAGGAAUUAAGUUAUAAAGAAAGAAAUAAAGAAAGAAAGAGAGAGAUUGAAUGAAUGAAUGAAGAUUUCAAACUCCAAUUCAAUUUAUUUACCCAAAGUUUGUUCUAAACUGUACCACUACUAUUCAACAACAACAACUAUCCCCAACAUCACAACCACCGCCUUGUUCAACAAAUAUGUUGACAAGACGAGUGUCUACUCCUGGAACUCAAUCAUCGCCGAGUUGUCUCGUUCUGGCGACUCCCUCGAAUCCCUCAGAGCCUUCUCCUCCAUGCGAAAGCUCUCUCUCAACCCAAACCGUUCCACCUUCCCUUGCACCAUUAAAUCCUGCUCCGCCAUCUUCGAUCUUCAUUCCGGCAAGCAAGCGCACCAACAAGCAUUCGUCUUCGGCUUCGAAUCUGACAUUUUCGUCUCCUCUGCAUUAAUUGACAUGUACUCUAAGUGUGGACAAUUGAAGGACGCAAGGAAACUGUUCGACCAAGUUCCUCACAGAAACGUUGUUUCUUGGACCUCAAUGAUCACUGGCUAUGUUCAAAACGGCAAUCCCCACCAAGCCUUAUUACUGUUCAAAGACUUCCAGAUUGAAGAGAGUGAGAGCCAGAGCGAUGGUGAUGGUGAUGGUGAAGAGCAAGUGUGUAUAGAUUCCAUUGCUAUGGUUUCAGUUCUGUCCGCUUGUUCUCGUCUUUCUGAGAAGACCAUUACGGAAGGGGUUCACGGGUUUGCAAUUAAAAGGGGAUUUGAGGGGGAUUUGGGUGUUGGAAAUACUUUGAUGGAUGCUUAUGCCAAGUGCGGUGAACUGGGUGUAUCUAGGAGAGUGUUCGAUGAAAUGACUGACAAGGAUGUAGUUUCUUGGAAUUCCUUGAUUGCAGUGUAUGCGCAAAGUGGAUUGUCUGAGGAGGCAUUGCAAGUGUUCUAUUCCAUGGUGAGAUAUACAGAUGUGGAGUAUAAUGCUGUCACUCUGUCUGCCGUAUUAUUAGCAUGUGCGCAUUCAGGGGCUCUGCGACCUGGCAAGUGUAUACAUGAUCAGGUUGUAAGGAUGGGUUUGGAGAAUAAUGUUUUUGUGGGUACUUCAAUUAUCGACAUGUAUUGCAAAUGUGGGAGAGUAGACAUGGCAAGGAGGGCAUUUGAUCGCAUGAAGGAAAAGAAUGUCAAGUCGUGGACUGCCAUGAUUGCAGGUUAUGGAAUGCAUGGCCGUGCCAAAGAAGCUCUGGAGGUCUUCUACCACAUGAAUCGGGCUAAUGUGAGACCAAAUUACAUUUCUUUCGUGUCAGUGCUAGCAGCUUGUAGCCAUGCUGGUCUGUUGGAUGAAGGAUGGCAUUGGUUCAAAGCCAUGGAACACAAAUUUCAUAUACAACCUGGGGUGGAGCAUUAUGGGUGUAUGGUCGAUCUUCUUGCCCGUGCUGGUUUUCUGAAUAAGGCUUACGACUUGAUUAAGGAAAUGAAGGUGAGGCCUGAUUUUGUGGUUUGGGGUUCUCUUCUUGCUGCCUGUAGGAUCCACAAGAAUGUGGAGCUUGGGGAGAUUUCUGCAAGGAAAUUAUUCGAGUUAGACCCGAAUAAUUGUGGGUACUAUGUCUUGCUGUCUAACAUAUAUGCCGAUGCUGGAAGGUGGAAAGAUGUUGAAAAAAUGAGAGUACUUAUGAAGAAUCAUGGACUGGUUAAAACACCUGGAUUCAGUUUAGUUGAAGUAAAAGGUAGGGUUCAUGUAUUUUUGGUUGGAGAUAGGGAGCAUCCUGAACAUGAGAAGAUAUACAGGUAUUUGGAAGAAUUAUAUGUGAAGCUGCAGGAAGUUGGAUAUGUACCCAAUAUGAUGUCAGUUCUUCAUGAUGUCAAUGAGGAAGAGAAGGAAAUGAUAAUAAGAGUCCAUAGUGAGAAGUUGGCUGUUGUCUUUGGAGUUAUGAAUGCAGUUCCUGGUACAACAAUCCAUGUGAUUAAGAAUCUUAGGGUUUGCGCUGACUGUCAUACUUCAAUUAAGUUGAUUGCUAAGAUUGUUGAUCGAGAAAUUGUGGUCAGAGAUUCAAAACGGUUUCAUCAUUUUAAGGAUGGGUUUUGCUCAUGUGGGGAUUAUUGGUGAUAGAAGAAAAAGAAAAAUUUAAGCAAAUGUUGUAUGCUGAUGAUCAUUGUCGACUUUCAUAAUCAAAGUUCUUGAGCGGGAGAAUGUUGCUAAUGGCCCUGUUAUCUUGUUGGGAUGGUGAAGUAUAUUCACUGUUCGAGAAAGCAACACCAAUAUUUAUUUUUUGUUGUAAAUUAAGGAAGAAUGGAAAAGAGGAAAAAGGAAAAAGUAAGUAGACAAGAAAAGAAGCAAUACUUCAGCUUCUCAAUUUGAUAGGGCAAUAAGAUAAAGAUUGCCAUAUCUUGAACUGUUUUCCAAUAGAAGCUCUUUAAGUUGAUUACAUUGGCUAUUUGCUUGGGUGAAGCUGAUGCAAGCAAUAAUAAAAUAAAGGAUUUUUGUUUGCACACCCACUGUCUUGCAAGUGCUCAGAUAAUUCUUUGGAUUUGAGAAUUUUAUAAAUAACAGAUUGCUUGGUAUUUUAUACCACUCGUGAAGGCUGAAGCCACCACAGUCGAUUCAAACUAGAUGUUUACUUGGAAGAGGAGACAGAACAUGCAGUACCAUACUCAUUGCCAACGAUGUGUCACAAGCAUCGAAAAUCUCGUUGAAAGGCUUCUUGUGAUGAUGUUAUUGAGGCUAUAAAUUUUUGAACAUAUGAGAUAACUCUGGAGCACCCUGUUCUCACUCAUUACUCUGUGCAGCCAUAGCCGGAGCUCUAAUAAUUUCUCUUUCUAAAUCAUCAGAUAAUUAAUUCUUCCUGCUGCCAUAAAUUCUCCUGCACGAGCUUUGUAAUUUGAAAGUUCAGUUCAGACCAGGUAUUCUUCCACUCAAAACCUCCUACUGCCAGAUCUCCAACCAUUUUCCAUUCUAGUAAUAUAUCAUUUUUUUUCAGGAAAAUCUGUGGCCUUUCCAUCCUUUUCUAGUGUUUCUAAUUUCUGUUUUCAUAAUGAAGCCCAUUUUGUACAGUUCAGUAACAUUAUUUUAGAGAUUCAAAUCUAGCAUCAACUCAUUCUUCAACAAGAUCUGCAGUAAUGAAAUGAGGAUGGGAAAUUGAAACUUCAACGUUCUGGAAUUCUUUGCUUGAGUUGGAUUUCUCUAAAGCUCGAAGUAGAAGAUGUGGAGCCUGAAGCUGGAACAUGAGUUGAUUCAAAAUUUCGCCAGUCAUACUUUUAGCUUAGGAACAGCAAGACCUGCCAAAUUCAGGUACACGUCCAGGUAUGAGGCAUGGAGGGAUGGGUAAACUUUGGAGUAUCCAGUUUUCAAUUGCCACAAGUAUUUGAAAGCAGAGACAAAGAUCUGCUUAAGGGUAACUUACAGGAUAAAUAUUACGGUAAAUUACACUUACCUCCCUGUAGUUAGAGUUUAAUACACUUUACCUCUCAUGUGUUUUCGAUCAUUACAGUUGUCUUAUGUCAUCAGUUUCACUAAUUGGUUUUUCAACUCUAUAUGACAAAUAUGUCUUUCAAAUUGCUGGGAAGACACUUGGGAGUUUUGGUACAAAUACUUUUCGACAUUCAUCAAUCACAUGCUUACGUGCAAAGCUUCAGGGCUGCCAAUUUCAUUCCAAAUCCAAAAUAUAAUAUGUCUAGUACAUGUGCCUGUAAAUAUAGUAUAUUAAGAUGGGAAUAAUGAUGAGGGAAGAAUGUAUGUGCAUGUGUCUGGUUGUUGUUGAGUUGAUGUAGGUAGGACUAGUUAUAAUUAUAUACAAGUGGAAGUAGAAUGGAAUAAAUUAAUGAGGGUUUUGGGCUGGCCUGCCCUAAC